AUGGCAGAGAAACGAUCACACUCACAGGCCUCUAAGGCUAGAAAACGUCGAAAAAUCGGGUCGGCCCAAGCUCAAGCUGUCCCAAAGCGGUGGAAGACGGUGACACCAGACUCGUUGAAAUGGCGCAAAGUCGAUAUGCCAGAUCGCCUUGACGACGUCGAAGGCUUUUUCGGAUUGGAGGAGAUUGACGACGUCAAAAUCAUUAAUAACAAUGGCCUUCUACAGUUUGAGGCUGUUGGAGCUGCUGAUAGUGAAGCCGAAACCGAGGGUAAAGGCUCCGAUGUAGGCGAUGAUGAAUGGAACGGUUUCUCGGACGUCAAUACAAGCGAUAAAGGUGCCACGACAGAGAUGAAUGAUGAACCUAAGAUGAACCAGGCUCAAGAAUCGCCCAAAGAGAAAGCGCAAGCAAAAGAACUACAGGAAAAGAAAAAGGAAAAGGAAAAAGGAAAGGGCAGUGAAAAGGAAAAGAAGAAGAGGGAGAAGCAAAAGAAAAAGCAGAAAGAAAAGGAAGAAAAAUCAAAACCGAAAGCGAACAAUACCGUCGUGAUAAACUCCUUUGCAGGAUUGGAAGGCCUGAGUGACGAUGAUCUCGAAGUUGACCUUCCUGCAUGGGAGUCGCUAUCGCUAUCGCCAUAUACGCUACAGGCACUUCAAAAACUAACAUUCACGGAACCAACUCCAAUCCAGAAACUUUCUAUCCCUUCGAUAAUAGCAGGACACGACCUAAUAGGCAAAGCAGCCACUGGAUCCGGCAAAACCCUAGCUUUUGGUAUUCCAAUAUUCGAACAUUGGCUGUCUAGCUCGAAAGACCGGGCAGUACCUGCUAAACUGCUCAGCGAAGAAGAUAAGGAAGCCGAUGCCUCGAAGUUAACAAACCCUCUCUCGGCAUUGAUUCUUUCUCCAACUCGUGAGCUAGCCCAUCAAAUCACCGAACAUAUCCAAGCGCUGAUAACGGCGUCUGGGGUAACAUCACCCCCCCAUGUUGUGUCACUCACUGGCGGCCUAUCUAUCCAAAAGCAGUUACGGAAACUUGGGCAGUCCGGUGGCGCGGAUGUCGUGGUAGCUACACCUGGGCGUCUUUGGGAAAUACUCAGUGAGAAAUCCGGGUAUACACGAUGGUUUAGAAAGACUCGCUUCCUGGUAAUUGAUGAAGCAGAUCGUGUUCUUCAAGAAGGCCAUUUCAAGGAGGUCGAGCAAAUCCUAGAUGUUCUGACCCGUGACGCUGAGGAAGAGGACGUAGCGCAAAACCCCGAAGUCUACGGCACUAUUAAAACCUUUAAAAAUUCGAAGCCGAAGGAUCGCCAGAUGCUUGUCUUUAGCGCCACGUUUAGCAAAGACCUUCAACAAAAACUCUCUUCCAAAAAAUCCUGGAAGAAUUCUAACUCCGGACUGUUGGACGACAAGGAUUCUUUGGACUAUUUGCUGAAGAAGUUACCAUUCCGAGAAGAACAUCCACAAUGGGUAGACGUAAAUCCUGUUGACCAAAUGGCUGAAAAUCUUCGUGAAGGGAUUGUAGAAUGCGGCAAUAUGGAGAAGGACCUUUACCUUUACUACCUUCUACUUCGAUAUCCCCUGCGCACUCUUGUCUUCACAAACUCCAUAUCAACUGUCCGCCGUCUCACCAACCUCUUUCAAAAUCUAGAGUUAUCGGUUAAUGGCUUAAAUUCGAAUAUGAUCCAAAAGGCACGCUUAAGAAGCUUGGAACGAUUCUCUGCGCCUACCAAGCCAGUGGGGAAAGAUGGAAAGCCAAAACACCAGAUCCUAAUAUCAACAGAUGUUGCUGCAAGAGGUUUAGAUAUUAAAGGCGUAGAGCUAGUCAUACACUACCAUGUUCCGAGAGCAGCAGAUACCUAUGUUCAUCGAUCCGGACGAACAGCACGAUCAAAGAAUUCCGGCGCUUCGAUUAUACUGUGCGCGCCAGACGAAGCAUUGGGUAUCAAGAGACUAAUCAGCAAGGUUCACGAGGACCGAGGGUCAAAGAAUCAUGCAGGUAUCAAGUCCGUAUUCGUGGAUAGGAGCCUCGUUACAACAUUAAGGACAAGAAUCGAGCUAGCUCAGAAGAUUUCGGGAAGUACAAUGGCGAAGGAGAGCCAAAGAAAAGAAGACGACUGGCUCAAGUCUGCCGCCGAAGAUUUGGGAGUGGAUUAUGAAAGCGACGAGUUUGCAGAAUUAUCCGAAAAGGGGAGAAGAGGUGCGAAAAAGAGGCAAGAGGCAAGGAGUGUAGGGAAGGAUGAGAUGGCGGCAUUGAGAGCGAUGCUGAGAGAGGAACUCUCAAAGAAGGUCGGCAAAGGAAGUCGUUUGUACCUUACAAGCGGGGUGGAUAACCUGGCACAGAGGUUGGUAGACGGCAAGGAGCAUGAUGUGUUUUUUGGGGAAGAGGGCGGUUGGGGUUUGAAUAAUCUGUAA